AUGGUUGCAGCACUAGAUAAACAUUUGGAGUCUUCGCAGCGCUUCCUGACUGGUGUGAGAUCUCUUUCGUCCUGCGCGGACAUUGAGAAAAGACAGUUGCGCGGCUUGUUGUUGGCGCUGGAUAAAUGCCAGAAAUUGAGUACGGCUCAGGGUGCUGCGUUUUUGGAGGCUUUAGAUCAGACUUUAUGGUCAUCGAGUUCCCUUGAGGAGCUGCGACUACGUGUCGCAGAGAAGACCAUGCAAGUCGAGGAAGCUUCCGCGAGGCGCACACUGCAGGAUUUCAGUCAGCUGUAUCUGUUUCUCACGGAGGAAUUGGCUGCAGCGAUUUUGACAGGAUCGAUGAACAAUGACCAGCUGCUAUGUGCACUGUGUCAACAUGCAGCGCGUCUGUCGCUUCGAGCCCCGUCAGAGCCAACUAUUGCGGUAAUGGUGACGCUAGCUAAUUGGCAGAAGAUACAGCAAGGCAUAGGCGACAAGGCCAAAUUCAUGUUGCUACAUCAGCAGAAGCCUGUGCUGAAGCGAUAUUUGUUGGCAGCAGGCGAUGCACCGACUGCAUUGGCAGCCUUGCCAACGGACUUUCGUCAAUUGCCGGAUAAGCUUCGGCAAGAUGCCUUUGGCGAUGGGGCACCUGCGGAUCUGACGGCUCAUGCCGUAGCGUUUCUGCAGGCUGCGAAGUCUAUGCCACUCCGUGGGACGAAUCGGGCCAUUGCUGCGUCCUCUGCUGUGAGUCAGCACGAGCAUGAGGAAGAAACGUCAGACUGGACAGCACGCAUGGUGUCUGCGGCAGUGCGAGGGGCCAUGGCAGCGACUCGCGUUCCAGAUGCCAGCAUGAACGCGUCGGUACGUCCGACUGAUAUGUUGGCUAUCAUGGAUGCACCGCGUGGUGACAGAGAGGACGUGUCCGUUGCCGAAGUGGCGGCACCUGUGUCUACGGGACCGGGUGAAAGUUUGGCUGUGCCCCCACGCACGGCGACUGCUGCAGUGCCGUUGGAUGUGAGUAUGUCUCCGCCAACGGUUGCUGAGCAGCUUGCUGCUCUGUGUGGGGACGCGCAGGCACACAAAAACAAUCGGGGAUUGAAGAAGCCUGCCGCUACAGUGAGGAUGAAGCGGCCCGCGGCAGCCAUCGCAUCUACGGGGUGUGAUGGCAAGAAAGCAAAGGCAGGCAAGGCCGCCGAGGGACAGGAAUCCAAGAAAGCGAAGAGCAAGGCAAAGCCCAAGGCUCAAACUGCGACAAAGCCUAAGGGGCAGAUGUCGCGGGAGGAGCGUCGGCGUGCGAUUCUGGCAGUAGUUCCUAAGGCGAUGCAGCAACGCUAUAAGGUGUUUGUCGUUGCAGGUUUGGCUAGCAUAGGGAACGAGGGGCGUUUAGCGCCACUGCCGGCCGGCGGCGUUCCGCUGAGGUCCCAGACCUCAAAAGGCGUCUGCAUGACGCGCAAGGAGGUCAAGGAGGAGGAGUCCUCCGAUGAGUACACGUACGUGACGACGGAGGGGGAGGAGGAGCCGGCAGCAGAAGCGCCGACGCGUGCUGAGAGAGAGCGCGGAAGAUCAGCUGCCCCUGUGCGGACGGCUGGUGCCACUUCUGCGCCAAGCAUGCCGGAGCCCCCCACGUCUCCUCCGCCUCCGAAGCCGGCAGCUACGGGCUGUGACCGCGAGCCAUCGGAGGAAUCGGACAGGGCGCCACGUGCGCGGCCUCCACGUAGUCCUUUUUCACCAGGACGCAACGACAAGGAAGAGACUCAUGGGCGCCGCAGGCGAAGGCACGCACGUCGUGCUCAGGAGCAGGACCUGGCGGAGCCAAGUGGAACUGCGGCGCCAGGUGCGGAGACGCAGAAGGGCAAGGGGAAACGGCGCCGCCAGAAAGCUCCUGACGCGCGUCAGUGUCCGAUUUGCCGAGCUCCUGUCGGCAACCAUGAGUCUUCCUUGUCGCAGCACCAGUAUUGGAACGAAGAUUGCAAUGCUCGCCGCAUCUGGAAUGAGCAGUACUGCACUUGGACCGCAGCUCGCCGCCAAGCGCUGCAGCUGAAGGAAGAAAGAGAAGACGCCUAUUACAAUCGAGGUGUUCCAGUGACACCGGCUCCUUCGCUGGCCGUGAGAAACAAGAUCGAAGGCCGCGAAGACACAGGCAAGGAAGAGGAAGAAGACAAGGAGCCCGAGCACGGUGGCAAAAAAAAGAAAGAAAAGAGCAAGCGGAAGAGACGCCGCCACCAUCGUCGCCAUAGCCCAUCUCCAGACGUGCCCCGGGAUCGUCGCAGGUCCAAGCGACCACCAAGCGACGACGAGGACGAGGAUUUGCCCAAGGUGAGGCGCGGACCUGGUGGGAGCUUCAUCUUGCAGUUCACACCAAAGGUGAGCUAG